AUGAAUGUGCUUACUACACGAUUCUGCAUGAACAGUAUGAGCUUGAGGUCGGUGGCGGUAAAAUCUACUACUUUACUUAUGAAUAGAUCUAUACAAACAUCUGGAAUGCCUCCAGACGGUUUGAGAAGACAUGAAGGUUUGAAUCAAUCGGUAAAUAGGGAUAAUACUAUUAUUUCCCAAGUGUUAUUCCAUAGUACAAGCACUGAAAAACAGGACAAGGAGGAAAACACCGAGAAGAAAGUGGGGGAUGAUCUAGAUUUG